UGGCUCAGCGAGAACGUUGGAUACACUCCCAAAGAACUGUUCCUGAUUGGAUUCUAAUCUACAAAAUGAAAGUCCUUGUUUUGGCUCUGUUCAGCCUGGCACUCGUUGCCGCUGAUGUCUCUCACUUAUUUGGCCACGAUCAUCAUCACGAUCAUCAUCAUCAUCAUGAGGAGCAUCCUGGCUACAACUAUGAGCCACCACAAAUUCCAUUUGAGCUGCCAACGCCUGCUCCUGUCUACCUGCCCGCAAAGGUAGAGCAGGCACCCAAGGCUGUGUAUCUGCCACCGGUGCAACCACAGCCCACUUACUUGCCACCUGCACCACCAAAGCCAGUCUAUGUUGCACCCGUAGUUGAGGAGGUCAAAUCUCUGCCCAUUGAACAGCCACAGGUCAACUACUUGCCACCUGCACCAGUUGUGCCCAGCUACAGGAUUCCCAUUCCAUCGUAUGCCGAGCCUUUUGAGCCAGAGAACACUUACCUGCCACCUCAGGAGAUUGUGGAGCCACACAGCGAUGAUGGCUAUCAUUAUGAUGCACCCUCCAAGCCCUUCUUCUACUAAGCAUUAGCCAUUUGCCAGUCUAUAUCACUUAACCCAACGUGUAUAUACUUAUAUGUACUUGUAUUACCUGUAAAUUUUGACCAGUUAUUUAUUUAUAACAAUGCCUGAACGCACUAAAAAUAUAUCACGCUUAAAACUA